AUGUCUGAAGGAGGAAAUGGAAAUGAGAGAUUCUUAUGGGAUGAUGAUCAGUUAUGGGAUUUUCAAAUUCCAGGCAACACAGAAGUAAUUACUAAUCAACAUUUGGAUAGAAGGAUGAUGGAUAUCAUCAAUAUAAAUAGCCCGGAUGAUGAGGUGGCGAAAGAUGUUCAAGUGCCAACUCCAAUGCCACCGCCACCGCCACCGCCAAAGCCGCCAGCCACUGCUGCAGGGAAGAAGAGGAAAGCUGCAGGUGGUGCUGACAAAGGUAAGGGGAAAAAAGUUGUCAGUGAAUCUGAUCACGAAACGCAUAUUUUGACGGAGAGAGAGAGGAGGAAGAAGAUGAGGGACAUGUUUGCCUGUCUUCAUGCUUUGCUACCUCAACUUCCUGCAAAGGCUGACAAGUCCACGAUUGUUGAUGAAGCAGUGUCCUACAUCGGAUCACUGCAGGAAACACUUGAGAAACUGCAGAAAAAGAAACUUGACAGGGUCCGUGGGAUGACUAAUUCCACCGGUUCCAUUUUCGCCCCGAAAAUGGCAACGGACUCGAGGGAGGCAUUUUUAGCCGAACAAGGCGCAAGUACCUCGACUGCUAUUGCUAUUCCUCCGGUUCCUAAAUUUCCAACUACACCCAAUUUUCAGACAUAUACUUCUCCAAAUGUUGUCCUAAACACAUUUGGUGAAGAUGCCCAUAUCAGCAUUUGUGCUGCUAAAAAACCAGGUCUGUUCACUGCCAUUUGCUAUGUUUUGGAGAAGUACAGAUUGCAAGUGGUUUCUGCCCAAGUUUCGUCUAAUCAAAGCAGAAGCGCGUACCUGAUUCACACCCAUCUGGUGAUUAAGAAAAUAAUGAUUAAGCUCUACUUAACCAUGGUUGGCUUUCCGGCCACACAUGAUAUGUCAUAUGUGCAUAGCAGAGAAUACAAGAUAUAUACUGAUUUCAUGUCUCAACAAAUGAACUCAUCCAGAAGUGAGGAGUCGUGUUGA